AUGAUCGCGACCAACAUGAUCAAGGAUGUGCGAGUCCCUCUCAAGUCGGGUGGAGCAACUACAUGUCGAGGAUGUCAACAAGGGAAAAUGGUCCAAAAACCAUUUCCAAGCAACCGAGACAAGCGCAGCUACGAUACGUUUGAGCUACUUCAUCUGGACAUCUGCGGGCCCAUGGAAAAGGAUUCGCUCGGUGGCAGCAAAUAUUUGCUGCUGAUCAUCGACGAAGCCAGUGGAUGCAUGAAGGGCUUUUGUCUACGAGUGAAGUCCGAGAGUGAAGACUACAUCCGGAAAUAUAUCACCAUGGUACAGACGCAAUUCUGUAAGAAGGUCAAGUUCGUGCGACACGACGGAGCUCGCGAGUUUGCAACCAACUCGCUUCAACUGUUCUACGAAGACGAAGGCAUUGAACAGCAGACAACGGUGCCGUAUGCACAUCAAACAAACGGAACAGCAGAGCGUGCCAUUAGGACUAUUGUCACGAUCGGCCGCAGCAUGCUUCAUCAUGCCAAACUGGACAAGUGUUUCUGGGCCGAAGCAGCGAUGACGGCCAUCUACGUCAAGAAUCGACUGCCGUCACCUAAAGUCGUGCACAAGACCCCGUUUGAGAUCGUCUACAACUUGAAACCAAGCGUCAAGCACAUGCGAACAUUCGGGUGUCAGACAUACAUACUGACGCCUAAAGAGAAUCGACUCAAGUGGGAUCCAAAGGCUCGCGCUGGCAUAUUCGUGGGCUACGAAGAAGUUUCGAAGGCAUAUCGUGUUUAUGACAUCGAGGCGGGGCAGGUGGUUAUCAGCCGCGAUGUCAACUUCGACGAGUCCACCUUUGGACUUCAACUGCCGAUCACUGAUGAAGAUGUCGAUGACCUGGACUUCGAAUUGCUGGAUCUUGAUGACGAAGAGCUGCGUCAAAUGGAGUACAAGCAAACAGGCAAGCGCAAGAACCGACUCAAUGAUGAAGAUACAGCAGCUCCACGACCGCGUGCAGUGCGUCAACGACCAGGACUAGAAGAGUCAAGCGCGCCGGAAAACAACUCGUCACGACAAGAAGAAGACGAAGAAACGAAGGAUUCUGGUGAUUCAACACCGCCUGUGUUUUGGCGUGCGAGUGCAAAUGCCGUUGAAGCAGCAGUGGACUUAUCAGAGCCCUCAACAUUUGAAGCAGCAGUAAGCGGCCCUGACCAAGUGCACUGGAGAAAAGCAAUUCAUGCAGAGCUCGAGUCAAUGCGACUUCGCGGUGUGUUUCGUGCAGCCAAGCUGCCCAACGGACAACGCGCCAUUGGCACAAAAUGGGUGUUCAAGAUCAAGCGCAAGGCGGAUGGGUCAAUCGAGAAGUACAAGGCACGACUUGUGGCCAAGGGUUUCCGCCAAAAGUAUGGCAUCGACUACACGGAGACGUUUUCGCCUGUGGUCAAGUACGUGACGCUGCGAAUGGUGAUCGCAAUUUCCAAGCAUUUUGGAUGGCCCAUCGACCAGCUUGAUGUGGUGACAGCUUUCCUGUAUGGCGUCAUGAAGGAACAAGUGUUCUGCGUGAUUCCUGAAGGCGUCGAGCUUGACAGUACGUUCGACUGUCUGGAAUUGGUGAAGUCAAUUUACGGCCUCAAGCAAGCGUCGCGAGUGUGGAACGAGACGUUCGACGAGUAUGUGUGCUCCAUCGGAUUUCUGAUGAACUUUAGACUUCUUGGUCCGAGUGCAAAACGCAAAGUAAAUAUAUAUUUAUAA